AUGAGUGUUGUUCCAUAUGCAUAUGAAUGUUAUAAGUCUAGCGUACUUCAAUAUAAAGAAUAUACUCUCAGAAUUACUGAUAAUGCUUUAGUCAUACAUAAAGAAGGUGCUGAUGAAGACAUUACCAUCGGUCCUGGUAUAUUACCUAUCGAGCAACCAGAUGGUACAAUUGUUGAAACAGACUUAAAUCAAUACCUUCAAGCGUUACAGAAUCGUGUGACAAAAGUAGAGAAUAAUUACUUAGAUGCUCCAUUCUUCACAACUGAUAGAGAUUAUAUGUUUUCAUGUAUGGCGAGUAAUGGUUUGCAAGAAACUCGUGAGGUAAAUAUUAAUGAAGCAUUAGAGACUAUAAUAUAUCAUGUUAAACGGUUAUUAUCGAUUGACCAUGGAGUUCAUUUUGACCCAAGGUCUACACUGUUCAAUAUACCAAUGAUUGAAAACAGUCAAUUAACAUUUAAAGAAGAUACAUUGUAUAAUGCUUUAAACGCAGCAUUUGCUUAUAUAUUAGGUCAUGAACAAGUACAAAAUAGUGGUAUUGCAAUAUACUUAGAUAAAGUUAUGUUAAAGAAACCAUUGACAUUCACAGAAGAUGGUCCAAAAGCAACUGGUAUUGU